AUGAAAAACCUGUGUGUUUUCACUCUUUCCUUUUUCCUCCUGGAGUUUUCUCUGAUCUCGUGCCACUUGACUGAACCCAUGUGCUUUUGGAGGAUAAAGAAUAAUGAAGAUAAUGAUGGAGAUUUGAGAAGUGACUGUGGGUUUUUCCUUGCAGCAGUUGAGGAACCUACUGACUACCCUUAUAAUAUCUCUGAUCUUAGUUUCAGAAUACCAGCAAGAAGAUAUGAGUUUUUCCUAGUACUGUUUUUUGCAACUGAUGAAAUCAACAAGAAUCCUUAUCUUUUACCCAACAUGUCUUUGAUAUUCCCCAUUAAUGAUGGUCAGUGUGAAAAAACAUUGGGAGAUCUGGAUAAAAUAUAUUCAGAAAAGAGCUAUACUGUGGAAUUUACUGAUUAUAUCUGUGCAUAUUUUGGAACCUGUUUCAUAGCCCUUAUAGGACCAUCAUGGAAAACAUCAAUAAAACUGUCAAUUAAUUCUNGGACACCAAGGGUUUUCUUUGGACCAUUUAAUCCUAAGCUGAGUGACCAUGACCAGUUUCCCUAUGUCCAUCAAGUAGCCACCAAGGACACACGUUUGUCUCAUGCAAUGGUCUCCUUGAUGCUUCAUUUUAGAUGGACUUGGAUAGGACUGGUCAUCUCAGAUGAUGACCAGAGUAUUCAGUUUCUAUCAGACAUGAGAGAAGAAAUGCAAAGACGUGGAAUCUGUUUAGCUUUUGUUAANAUGAUCCCAGAAGACAUGCAGUUAUAUAUGACAAGGGCUAAGAUAUAUGAUAAACAAAUUAUGGAAUCAACAGCAAAGGUUGUUAUCAUUUACGGUGAAAUGAACUCUACCUUAGAAGUUAGCUUUAGAAGGUGGGAAGAUUUAGGUGUAAGGAGAAUCUGGAUCACAACCUCACAAUGGGAUGUCAUCACAAAUAAAAAAGAUUUCAGCCUCGAUUUCUUCCAAGGGACUGUCACUUUUGCACACCAUGUACGUGAAAUUGCUAACUUUAGAAAUUUCUUGCAAACAAUGAACAGUGAAAAAUACACAGAAAACGUUUCUGAGUCUAGACUGGGGUGGAAUUAUUUUAAUUGUUCCAUCUCUAAGAACAGCAAUAAAAAGGAUCAUUUUACAUUCAACAACACAUUGGAAUGGACAACACUGCACAAAUAUGACAUUGUCCUAAGUGAGGAAGGCUACAAUUUGUAUAAUGCUGUGUAUGCUGUGGCCCACACCUACCAUGAACUCAUUCUUCAACAAGUAGAAUCUCAGCAAAUUACAGUGCCCAAAGGAACAUUCACUGACUGUCAGCAGGUGUCUUCCAUGCUGAAAUCCAGGAUAUUUACUAACCCUGUUGGAGAACUGGUGAACAUGAAGCAUAGGGAAAAUCAGUGUACAGANUAUGACAUUUUCAUCAUUUGGAAUUUUCCACAAGGCCUUGGAUUAAAAGUGAAAAUAGGAAGCUAUUUGCCUUGUUUCCAUCAGAGCCAACAACUUCAUAUAUCUGAUGAUUUGGAGUGGACAACAGGAGGAUCAUCAGUGGAUAUGGAACAGUGUGUGCGGUGUCCAGAUGAUAAGUAUGCCAACUUAGANAAAACCCACUGCCUCCAAAGAGCUGUGUCAUUCCUGGCUUANGAAGAUCCAUUGGGGAUGGCUCUAGGAUGCAUGGCCCUGUCCUUCUCUGCCCUCACAGUUCUAAUACUAGUCACUUUUGUGAAGUACAAGGAUACACCCAUUGUGAAGGCCAAUAACAGCAUUCUCAGCUACAUCCUGCUCAUCUCUCUAGUCUUCUGUUUUCUCUGCUCAUUGCUCUUCAUUGGACAUCCCAACCAGGCCACCUGUAUCCUGCAGCAGACCACAUUUGGAGUAUUUUUCACAGUGGCUAUUUCUACAGUGUUGGCUAAAACAAUAACUGUACUCAUGGCUUUCACGCUCACUACUCCAGGGAGAAGGAUGAGAGGGAUGCUGGCAUCAGGGGCACCUAACUUGGUCAUUCCCAUUUGUACCCUAAUCCAACUUGUUCUCUGUGGAAUCUGGUUAGGAACAUCUCCUCCCUUUAUUGACAGAGAUACGCAAUCUGAACAUGGAAAGACCAUCAUUAUUUGCAACAAAGGCUCAGUCAUUGCCUUCCACUUUGUUCUGGGAUACUUGGGUGCCUUGGCUCUGGGGAGCUUUACUGUGGCUUUCUUGGCUAGGAACCUUCCUGACAGAUUCAAUGAAGCCAAAUUCCUAACAUUCAGCAUGCUGGUGUUCUGCAGUGUCUGGAUCACCUUCCUCCCUGUCUACCACAGCACCAGGGGAACGGAUGGUGGUUGUGGAGGUUUUCUCCAUCUUAGCUUCUAG